CUGAACCUGCAGACCUCUUGAAGGUGUUAGAUUUUCAUAAUUUACCUGAUGGUAUCACAAAAACCACGGGGUUUUGCACAAGCAGAAGAUCUUCAAAAGAAGCAGACGUUGCUUACAGAGUAACAAAAGAUGCUCAGCUCAGUGCCCCAACAAAGCAGCUGUACCCUGCUUCCCCCUUCCCAGAGGACUUCUCCAUUCUAACCACUGUAAAAGCGAAGAAAGGAGGUCAGUCCUUCUUGAUCUCAAUUUACAAUGAGCAAGGGAUCCAGCAAAUUGGUGUGGAGUUGGGUAGAUCUCCUGUAUUCCUGUAUGAAGACCAUACAGGAAAGCCAGGCCCAGAAGACUAUCCUCUCUUUAGAGGCAUUAACCUAGCAGAUGGCAAGUGGCACCGGGUGGCUCUGAGUGUGCAGAAGAAAAAUGUCACUUUGGUUCUGGACUGUAAAAAGAAAAUCACCAAGUUCCUGGACCGGAGCGAGCACCCCAUCAUCGACGUCAACGGCAUCAUCGUGUUCGGCACCAGGAUAUUGGAUGAGGAAGUCUUUGAGGGUGACAUCCAGCAGCUCCUGAUCGUGGCGGACCCGCGGGCAGCCCUGGAGUACUGUGAGCACUACAGCCCCGACUGUGACACCGCCAUCCCCGACUCCCCCCAGUCCCAGGACCCCAACCAGGAUGAAUACUACACGGACGGGGAGGGAGAAGGUGACACUUACUACUACGAGUACCCCUACUACGAGGAUGUGGACGAAGCUGUCAAACCAGAAAGCCCCACCACCAAACCCAGCCCUCCUGAAGUGGCUGCUGGAGAGAAACCCGAAACCAAGCAGGAUAAUCCGGCUCCCACAGCACCCCCUGAGAGAGGGAACCCCGGGAAGCAAGCCAAGGAGGAUGGAGCAGUGGAUGAUCCCCUGGUUGAUGAGUACAACUACGAGACCAUCAACGAGGAGUAUUUUACUCCAAUGCCCUAUGAAGACAUCAACUACAACGAGGAAAUCGAUCCCCAGGGUGGCCUCACUGAAAAUGCAGUGGAAGCUGAGCUCCCCACGAGCACUGUCGUCACCUACAAUGAGACUGAUGCUGCUCAAGGAGGAGAUGACCUGGAUAAAGAUUUCACUGAGGAAACCAUAAAGGAAUAUGAUGGGAAUUAUUAUGACAGUUAUUACGACCGGACAGCCUCUCCUGACAUUGGCCCAGGCAUGCCAGCCAACCAGGACACCAUCUACGAAGGGAUUGGUGGCCCCCGGGGUGAGAAGGGGCAGAAGGGGGAACCUGCCAUCAUUGAGCCGGGAAUGCUGGUGGAAGGCCCCCCAGGUCCUGAAGGCCCAGCAGGCCUUCCAGGACCUCCAGGACCAACUGGACCCGUGGGCUUGAUGGGUGACCCAGGGGAGAGGGGCCCACCUGGGCGCCCAGGUCUGCCAGGAGCUGAUGGAUUGCCAGGACCACCAGGGACAAUGCUAAUGCUGCCUUUUCGCUUCAGCGGCGGAGGCGACGCCGGCUCCAAGGGACCCAUGGUGUCAGCACAGGAGGCGCAGGCCCAGGCCAUCCUGCAGCAGGCCAGGCUGGCGCUGAGGGGACCUGCGGGACCCAUGGGGCUGACGGGGCGGCCGGGCCCGAUGGGACCCCCAGGCAGUGGAGGACUGAAGGGAGAAGCUGGAGAAAUGGGACCUCAGGGUCCACGAGGCAUCCAAGGUCCUCCCGGUCCUGCAGGGAAGCCAGGCCGCAGGGGACGAGCUGGCAGUGACGGUGCCCGGGGGAUGCCAGGCCAGACAGGACCAAAGGGUGACCGAGGCUUUGAUGGCUUGGCUGGUUUGCCUGGUGAGAAGGGAAACAGGGGAGAGCCAGGCCCCCACGGCCCCCCAGGGGCUCCUGGAGAGGAUGGGGAGAGGGGAGAUGAUGGAGAAGUUGGACCCCGGGGUCUCCCUGGAGAACCUGGACCCCGAGGACUUUUGGGCCCCAAGGGACCCCCAGGACCCCCAGGGCCCCGGUCACCCUGGCAAGGAAGGUCCUCCUGGAGAGAAGGGCAGCCAGGGUCCCCCAGGUCCUCAGGGCCCCAUUGGUUACCCAGGACCCCGUGGAGUCAAGGGAGCAGAUGGAGUUCGUGGCUUGAAAGGCACCAAGGGGGAAAAGGGUGAAGAUGGUUUCCCUGGCUUCAAAGGUGACAUGGGCAUCAAAGGAGACCGGGGGGAAAUUGGCCCCCCUGGCCCUCGGGGUGAGGAUGGGCCCGAAGGUCCCAAAGGUCGCUCUGGCCCCAAUGGAGAUCCAGGUCCUCUUGGUCCUGCUGGAGAGAAGGGAAAACUCGGCGUGCCAGGACUGCCCGGGUACCCAGGCAGGCAGGGCCCCAAGGGCUCCAUCGGAUUCCCAGGAUUCCCAGGAGCCAACGGAGAGAAAGGCACAAGGGGCACCCCUGGCAAACCAGGUCCGAGGGGGCAGCGUGGUCCCACGGGUCCACGUGGGGAAAGAGGCCCCAGGGGAAGCACUGGAAAGCCUGGCCCAAAGGGCAACUCUGGUGGUGAUGGCCCCCCUGGUCCUCCUGGAGAAAGGGGACCACCAGGGCCUCAAGGACCAACUGGAUUUCCUGGACCAAAAGGGCCCCCUGGUCCUCCUGGGAAGGAUGGAUUGCCUGGGCACCCUGGACAGAGAGGAGAAACUGGUUUCCAAGGCAAGACUGGCCCUCCAGGCCCCCCUGGUGUUGUAGGGCCUCAGGGCCCAACUGGUGAGACUGGGCCCAUGGGUGAGCGAGGCCACCCAGGCCCUCCAGGCCCCCCAGGUGAACAAGGCCUCCCUGGCCUCACUGGAAAAGAAGGGACCAAGGGGGAUCCUGGUCCUGCUGGUCUUCCAGGGAAGGAUGGUCCUCCUGGAUUGAGAGGGUUCCCUGGAGAACGAGGCCUCCCCGGCCCCAUUGGCUCUCCAGGGCUGAAAGGCAACGAAGGUCCCCCAGGCCCUCCAGGCCCAGCCGGCUCUCCAGGGGAACGUGGCCCUGCAGGAUCAGCUGGCCCUAUAGGAUUGCCAGGCAGACCUGGCCCUCAGGGACCUCCAGGACCUGCCGGUGAAAAGGGAGCUCCAGGGGAGAAGGGUCCCCAAGGACCGGCUGGCCGGGAUGGCAUCCAGGGCCCCGUGGGACUGCCGGGCCCCGCGGGUCCUGUUGGACCUCCAGGAGAGGAUGGAGACAAGGGUGAGAUCGGGGAGCCUGGGCAGAAAGGCAGCAAAGGUGACAAGGGGGAGCAGGGUCCCCCAGGCCCCACUGGUCCCCAGGGCCCAAUUGGUCAGCCUGGUCCAGCUGGAGCUGAUGGAGAACCCGGGCCCCGAGGACAGCAAGGCCUCUUUGGUCAGAAAGGUGAUGAAGGACCCCGAGGGUUCCCUGGUCCCCCUGGCCCUGUGGGCUUGCAGGGCCUGCCUGGACCGCCAGGGGAGAAGGGAGAAACGGGUGAUGUUGGGCAAAUGGGCCCACCAGGCCCACCAGGACCCAGAGGUCCAUCUGGGCCACCAGGAGCAGAUGGUCCACAGGGUCCUCCUGGAGGAAUAGGAAACCCUGGUGCAGUAGGAGAGAAGGGUGAACCUGGGGAAUCUGGUGAGCCUGGUCUCCCUGGAGAGGUUGGCCUGCCGGGCCCUAAAGGUGAAAGAGGUGAAAAGGGGGAAGCAGGUCCCUCUGGUGCUGCUGGUCCACCUGGCCCCAAAGGCCCACCAGGUGAUGAUGGCCCCAAAGGCAGCCCUGGUCCAGUUGGUUUCCCUGGUGACCCUGGUCCUCCUGGAGAGCCUGGCCCAGCUGGUCAAGAUGGUCCCCCAGGUGACAAAGGUGAUGAUGGUGAACCUGGACAGACUGGUUCCCCUGGGCCCACAGGAGAGCCAGGCCCCUCUGGACCCCCUGGAAAAAGGGGCCCUCCUGGUCCAGCUGGUCCUGAAGGAAGGCAAGGAGAGAAAGGAGCCAAGGGGGAAGCUGGUUUGGAAGGCCCUCCUGGGAAGACUGGACCCAUUGGUCCCCAAGGUGCUCCAGGGAAGCCUGGCCCCGAUGGCCUCCGUGGGAUCCCUGGCCCAGUUGGUGAACAAGGUCUCCCGGGAUCCCCUGGCCCAGAUGGUCCUCCAGGCCCAAUGGGCCCUCCGGGUUUGCCUGGUCUGAAAGGAGACUCUGGUCCUAAAGGGGAGAAGGGUCACCCAGGUUUAAUUGGUCUCAUUGGACCACCAGGAGAGCAGGGAGAAAAGGGUGACAGAGGCCUCCCAGGGCCCCAGGGCUCAGCAGGACCCAAAGGGGAGCAGGGUAUCACAGGUCCCUCUGGACCCAUUGGACCUCCAGGACCUCCAGGAUUGCCGGGUCCACCUGGUCCCAAAGGUGCUAAAGGCUCAUCAGGUCCCACAGGUCCCAAGGGUGAAUCAGGUCUUCCUGGGCCCCCAGGGCCUCCUGGUCCUCCUGGAGAAGUCAUCCAGCCCCUGCCCAUCCAAGCUGCCAAGAGGACCAGGAGGAACAUUGAUGCCAGCCAGCUGCUGGAUGAUGGCAAUGCUGACAACUACAUGGACUAUGCCGAUGGCAUGGAGGAGAUUUUUGGCUCCCUGAACUCCUUGAAACUGGAAAUCGAGCAGAUGAAGCAUCCCCUGGGCACUCAGCACAACCCAGCACGCACCUGCAAGGACCUGCAGCUCUGCCACCCUGAUUUCCCUGAUGGUGAAUACUGGGUUGAUCCCAACCAAGGGUGUUCCAGGGACUCUUUCAAAGUUUACUGUAAUUUCACAGCUGGUGGAGAGACCUGCAUCUUCCCUGAUAAGAAAUCUGAAGGAAGUAAAAUGGCUCGUUGGCCCAAAGAGCAGCCUUCCACAUGGUAUAGUCAAUACAAGCGGGGGUCCUUGCUCUCCUACGUGGACUCUGACGGGAACCCCAUCGGGGUGGUGCAGAUGACCUUCCUGCGUCUGCUGAGCGCCUCGGCCCGCCAGAACAUCACCUACAACUGCUACCAGUCAGUGGCCUGGCACGAUGCCACCACCAACAGCUACGACAAGGCCAUCCGCUUCCUGGGCUCCAACGACGAGGAGAUGUCCUACGACAACAACCCCUACAUCCGACCUGCCCUCGACGGCUGCGCGGCAAGGAAGGGCUACCAGAAAACCAUCCUGGAGAUCAACACGCCCAAAGUGGAGCAGGUGCCCAUAGUCGACAUCAUGUUCAAUGACUUCGGAGAAGCGGCACAGAAAUUUGGAUUCGAGGUGGGACCAGCUUGCUUCCUGGGCUAAAAGAGCCACCUGAACCUAGUCUCCAAAUGAGCAACCUCGUAACCUCAUUGCGCCAUUUAAUUAAAAACAAAAAAAGAGAAAAAAGGAAAAAAAACGGAGAAAAAAAAAGAAUUCCUCGUCACGUGCACGGUCUGAAACUGGACAGCGAUGGGUUAUUAUUUUUUUUUCCCCUCCUCCUCCUCCUCCCCACCUGUUUUGUUGUGUCCCUGGUUCUGCCCCAGCCCCUCUGUGCCCCCCUCAGCCAUUCCCAGGAUGGAUAUGGAAUCUCAUGACCAACAGCCACACACGGAGACCUGGCCCUGUCCCUGCUGCUGCCACCGAGCUGAGCCCACCUCCAGCAAACUCCUCCUGCCUCCUCCUCCUCUUCUCACCAGGAAGCGUUUGUUUGCUCCUAAGGAAAAAAAAAAAAAUGGAAAAAACUUGAAAUUCCUCGUGUCCAGCUCAAUGUUGAAGUCCUGGCAGUCCUGGAUCUGAAGCUCCUCAGAGGGGUUUUGUUGCCUUCCACGAGGUUUGGAUCAGCUCCAGCAUGGCCAAUUCCAGAAUUUUCCAUGUUUCCUCCACUGAGUUUGCCUCAUUCCGCGUUUUCCAAAGUGCUGACUCAAGGUCACACUGGGCAUCUCUUUGCCUUGUCUUAAAGGUGCUUCUAUUUUUGUAUGUUUGUGAGUAAAUAUUUGUGUUGUAUUUUAUUUGAAAUGUUGCAAUGUCUCCGCCUUCAAACCAUGCGUGUGACCUUGUCUGUAUUGAAGCCACCCCAUCCCAGCCAAGCUUCCAGCUGGGAACGAAGACAGCAGCUCCUGUCCCCACUUGUGCCUCUUCCCAGCCCCAAACUGGGAUCUGGAGCCUUGGAAUUUCCCCCAGGAUCAGGUGCAAACCAGCCCCCUGAGCCACAGAUGCCUUUUGGAAUGAUUCCUUUCCAAAUGAGGAAAUUAAAGCCACUUUUUUAACAAAAUUCCCUACAAAUCCCCUAAUCUAAAAGCAGGAUCUGCAUUGAGUCUCUGCCUUUUCAUCCACCUGCCUAACACCCAUAUUUUAAAUUAAUUCUUCUUUUUUUCUUUCAGCAUUCCUUUAAAAUGAUAAGAAUUAAACCUGAAUCCAUUCCCAGUGGCAGAUCCCAGUGGCAGGGGAAAUCCAUUUGUCCUCUCUGAAUAUCAAGAAUAAAAUAAAAAAACCUUAAAAAAAAAAAAAAAAAAAAAAAGGUGCUUUAUAUAGUUAUUUUUACAUAUCUCUGUGGUGCUAUCUGAUAACUUUAACACAACACUGGGGAUACCCUGCCACUGGCCAAUCUCCCACUUGGCUUUUUAGGCACUUUCAGGCAGAUUUUGGCUGCUGAUAAAUGCAUGGCACCUUCUUAUCUCUUCUGUCCAAAUCCUGCUCCUCUCCUUCCUUGGAUAGGCCCAUGUAGAAAAACACAUUAAAUGUCUACAAUUUUUAUUAUUAUUAUUAUUAUUAUUAUUAUUUGGUUUUCCCAAGGAUAUCCACGUCUUUUCCCGGUUGGAAGCAGAGCAGAUUGUCCUCAGUGGCUGAACGUUUGUGGUGCUAAUUUAUGGAGAUGUUGGGUGUCCUGAAGCCGUGGGGGUGCUGCCCGCCCAGCAAUCCGGGGAAUUUGCAAUUUUUCCUGCUCUUCCCACUCUUUCUUAUUCCUUCCACGGCUCCCAACGUGCUGACACCCUCUUCUUUUCCCAUUUAUUUUCCCUUCCUUGCCUGUUUGCCUUCUUCAGGUCUCUCAGCUGGAAAAUAACCGUUGCAAGGUGGGGGUUUUAUAAAUUAUUAUUAUUAUUAUUAUUAUUAUCCUUCAGCCCGGAGCGUUCAGCUCAAGGGGGAUUUUUCACCAGCAAGGAAAAGACAUCACAUUUACUGUGAAAAAAGCCUUUAUAUGAUGUCUUUUCCCCCCUCCUGCCCAAAUUGAGAGCAGCAGCAUCCGAGGGAGGGAGCGGCGAUGCCAGAGGUGCUUUUGGGGCCUGGAGGAGCCGUGUCCAUCCCUCUCCCUUCUUCUCCUGUGCUCUCUCUCCCACUUUAGGGAAUUUAAAAAAAAAAAAAACCCAAAAGGUGCUACCCUAAAAACUGCAGACUCCGGGCAGCAGAGCAGUGAAAAGGAAUUUA